AAAAGCGUGCUAGUCUUAUUGUAAUUAAUCUCUUUGACAAAAACAAUUAUCAUUUUUAAUGAACCUAAAAAAAUUCUUUGGGCAAAAAUUCCCCGAAAUUUUCCUUUCAAGUUCGAAGGCCGCCCUGGCAGAACCCCAUUAUCCUUCCAUUUCCCCCCAAAAUUCCCCCACCGGAGUCGAAAUCGCCACCCGAAUUUAAGAAGUACAGCGCCUCAGCUCCCACGAGGGACCUCUUCACCAUCAUGCCCAACCUCCUGGAGCGUGCCGAAGACAUCGAUUUCGUCACGAAAACGGCCAUUGAGAGAGACCCGAAUAAGAGGAGGGUUAAGCCGGUUGAGACCCAAGCCUCGAUUCUGGACUUUGAUCUCGAAGAGGAGAGCUCGGAUGAUUCGGAUUUCCGGAUUGAAGACCACCCGGAAGUGAGCGAUGAUGAUGACUCCGGGAACAGUGCUUCUGGAGGUAAUGACAGCAGUGGAGAGGAGGAAUCAGAAGGAUCAGACUUAGACGAAUUGAAAAAUUUGAAUUUGCCCAAUGGGGACGGGCUAUCCAUUGCGGAUGUCAUCCAACAAGCCAAUUUGCAGCUAAGUUCGUUCAAUGAAAAAGACGCCCAAAUUUUGAUCUGCUGCGGCUGUCUCGGGGACCAAAGCGACGGCGUCAACGAAAUCGUCGAAUGCGACUCUUGUGGGGUCACUGUCCACGAGGCCUGUUACGGCGUCGCGGACUCCGCCAGUUUGAGCAGCACCGACUCUCUGUCCCCGACAGCCCCCUGGUUUUGCGAGGCGUGCAAAGCCGGCGUGAUGAACCCUGUUUGCGAGCUGUGCCCCAAUUCGGGGGGCAUUUUCAAGGAGACGGACGUCGGGAAGUGGAUUCAUCUCGUUUGCGCUCUCUAUGUUCCUGGAGUGGCAUUCGGCGAAGUUGAUAAAUUGACAAGUGUGACUCUUUUCGAAAUGCCUUACAGCAAAUGGGGGGCGAAAAGUUGCAGCUUGUGUCAGGAUGAGCGCUUUGCCAGGACGGGGGUGUGCAUCGGGUGCGAUGCCGGCAUGUGCAAGACCUACUUCCAUGUCACAUGUGCGCAACGCGAGGGUUUUUUAUCGGAAGCGCACUCCGAAGAGGUGGACCAAGCGGACCCCUUUUACGCACAUUGUAAAUUACAUUCGGACAAGACUUUGGUGAAACGCAGACGUAAGAAUUAUCUGGCGUUGCAGUUGCGUACCCAUUACAGGAAACUGCAAUUUGAGAAAGAAGGUCACAGCGAAACCCCUGAACAAGUGAGGAUUCAGAGAAAACUUGAGAAGCAGAAGUUGCAUUUUUUGAACCACAAAGCGUUAAAACCGCCUCCAUGGGUCCCGACGCAGAAAAUGCCAAGAUUGCUCACCACCAGCGCGUCCGCUUGUCGCAAGUUAUUACGCAAGGCCGAGCUGAUGGGGAUUAAUACCAUGGUGUUGGAGAUGCAAGAAGCCCAAGCUGCGGCCCUGGUGGACGUCCGAAAAAAGUGGCACAUUCCUCCCGCCUUUACCGUCGAAUUUAUCGCUUAUUAUCUCGAUCGUAACGAUCGGCUUAAAGGUAUGAAACAAACCCUUGAGAAAUUGCUCGAGGACAACCGCGAUUUGCUCGAAGAGCAGCAACUUCUGAGGACGAAGUACGAUGAGAUUUUGAAAAAAAGCGCUGAUGAAACUAAGAAAAACAUUGACUUGAAACAAACGAUACAUAAGUAUCAUUCGGCGAUUUUGAGCGCUUGUCCUACCAAAAAUCUGCCGAAUAUCGAGGAUUUAGGUAAGCCACAAGUUUCGAGAACUAAUCAACCUAUGAUGGUCCCAACAGCAGCCGCCCUGAAAAUGGGAGUUGGUUUUCCCUUGAAUAAUAUUAUUCCAGCUGGGAGAACCGAUCGCGUGCUCAGCAGUCACGCCAAACAAGACUCUCUAAUGCUCAACGAAUGCGGCAUCUGCCGCCAAAAACGUGACCAACACUUGCUCGCAAAAUGCGACACAUGCCACCUCUACUACCACUUGAAUUGCCUAAAUCCGCCCCUGACCCGUCUUCCGAAAAAAUCGAAACUUUACGGUUGGCAAUGUUCCGAAUGCGAUAAAACGUCCGAUUCGGAAGUCGAAGAAGUGAAAACUCCACGACGGAGUAAAAGUCGCUACAGUCGUGAAGCACGUUCCGAUCCGGAAGUUUCAACUCCUAAACUCAAAAUCAAGCCGGUAGAACCGGUUUCGGAACCUACACCAACACCCACACCCACACCGGAAAUCGUCCCAAUUCAGACAAGUCAUAGUGAAGUCGUGAGCGAAAUGAACGGGUUCCAAAGUUUGGACGGUAGUAGCAAAAUUCAUGUAUCCAAGUCGGGGAAAAAGCGACGGAGGGAGAAGCACAAGAAUCGGUACUCCCCCGAUUUGGGGGCCCCGAGUAAGGAGCAUAAGAGGAAGCGGAAGAAGAAGAGUCUCGAUUUUGACGAUCAUAUGCCACAUCCGAGGAUUACGAUCAAAAUCAAACCUAUUCCUUUGCCGGCCGGAGAGGUUGCGUCUGAGUCAAACCCGCAGUGUUUUUACGUCCCGAAUGAAAACAACGAUAAUGCGCCGCCUCCGAUCUCCCUCAAGGUCAUAUCACUGCCAGAAGAAAUGUCACCAAAAGAUAUAGAGAAAAACCCGGUUAGUGACAUUUGUGAUGUUUGUCACACUGCAACUGUGGCUAGUACUUCAGUCAGGUGUGACGACUGUCAAAAAACUUACCAUUUUACGUGUCUUGACCCACCGUUGAAGAAAAGCCCGAAAAAAAGAGGAUAUUCGUGGCAUUGCGCCGAUUGUGACCCUACGGGGUCCGAGUAAGUGUUUUUCAGUUAUUGCGAAUUAAUUUAGUUAUAUUUAAUUGCGUUUGUGAAAUAAAAACUAUUUUUGGCGUAACAA